AACUCCGUCUGGCCAGGAGAGGGUGCACGAUCCUGCAUAUCUGUGGCUUCCACUGUGCCUCGGGACCGUCCCCGAGUACUUUUUGCGAAACGAGCAUCGGAACAGCCCUAGCAACCCAGCUCUCCGCGUGGUCGUGGGUCACAGCCGUCAACUCCCAGCGGUAGAACCUUGGACACAAGCUCCAUGGCCCCCGCGGGGGACGCAGGAAGACCAGGGCGUUUCUUCGGCGUCUACGUGCUUUACUGCCUGAACCCUCAGCACCUGGGCCGCAUCUACGUGGGGUUUACUGUCAACCCAGUUCGACGGGUCCAGCAGCACAAUGGGGGCCGCAAGAAAGGCGGGGCCUGGCGGACCAGCGGGCUAGGGCCCUGGGAGAUGGUGCUCGUCGUGCACGGCUUCCCGUCUGCCGUGGCUGCCCUUCGGUUCGAAUGGGCCUGGCAGCACCCUCACGCCUCACGCCGCCUGGCGCACGUGAGUCGGCGCCUGCGCAGGGAGUCGUCCUUCGUCUUCCACCUGCGCGUGCUAGCGCACAUGCUGCGCGCGCCGCCCUGGGCGCGCCUCCCGCUAACAGUGCGCUGGUUGCGUCCGGACUUCCGCCGGGAUUUCUGCCUGCCGCCACCGCCUCACGUGCCGCUGGCCUUCGGGCCUCUGCCGCCUCGGGGCUUUGUCUCAAGACCCCGCGCCAGUCCCUGUGCUGACACCGCGCCUGAACUGGAAGCCGUCUGCACAUUAUGUGCGGGCGCCUUCCAGGAUGAAGAGGGUCCCUUGUGUUGCCCCCACCCUGGCUGCCGCUUGAGGGCCCAUGUAAUCUGCCUGGCAGAGGAGUUCCUUCAGAAAGAACCAGGGCAGCUUUUGCCUCUAGAGGGCCAAUGCCCUAGCUGUAAGAAUUCAGUUCUUUGGGGCGACCUGAUCCGGCUGUGCUGGAUGGAGACUGAGGAGGAAGAGGAGUCAGAAUUGGAAGAGGAACAUUGGACAGACAUGCUGGAGACUGAUCCUCAGUGUCCCUAACCCUCCUCUCACUCCUUUUCUGUGCAACCCCCCACCCCUAUGGGUCUGGCCAGGUUUUACUUAGUUCAAUAAAAAGUCUAAGUUAAAGGUA